UUUCAUCAUUUUUUCAUAAUUUUAGAUUUUUUAUUUCAUUAUUUUUAAAUAUAUUUUUCAAAAUGAUUGAAAAUAAAGGAGCUUCUGAAACUGAUGUAGUUGACACUUCUGUUGUUCAAAAUGAUGUCAACCAAGUAAAUGAGGAUUCAGCUUUGGUCAAAACUGAUUUUAAAGAAAGUGAUAGCAAUGAAGGGACUCCUGUACGUACAGAAGAUGAUGGGAAACCGAGAUUCUUCUCAUUAGCACAGAUCACCGUAAAAGUUAAUGAUUUUGCAUCCGCAGCGAUUGCUUCUGUAAAAGAGAAAUUUCUAGGCGAGGAUUACUGGAUUCCUAGGUUAUUUUUGAUUAUUAAAUUCUAUUUGAAAUACAUGUGCCUUGUUCGGGCUCUUAUCCCAAGUCUUGUUGAUUUAUUUUUCGAGUCGAAAAUCCAAUUGGCCGUGACUAUUACCUUCAACGAUCAUUUUUGA